AUGGAAUCCUCUACUGAACACGAGUAUGUGACUCUGGUAUCAUGCGAUGGCUUUGAGUUCAUUCUACCCCGCAGCUCCGCUUGCAUUUCGGGUACAAUCCGGCGCAUGUUAGACCCUUCGAGCAAAUUCUCAGAGGCUAUCACCGGUCGCUGUAUACUUGAAAAUCUGAGCGGGGUCGUCCUUGAGAAAGUCUGCGAAUAUUUUCUAUACAACGAGAAACACAAGGACCAGGCCAAUGUGACUGAUAUGGAUAUCCCCGCAGAGCUGUGCUUAGAGCUCUUGAUGGCAGCCGAUUACUUGGACACUUAA